CUAUUGUGCAACAUAAAAAAGAAAGAAAAAGUGUUUGUUUUUGUCUCUGAAAUUUCCGGUUGAAUAAAAUGUUUGUUUUUGAUUGGUUUUAUGGAAUUCUUGCUACCCUUGGUCUGUGGCAAAAAGAGGCCAAAAUUUUAUUUUUAGGGUUGGAUAAUGCUGGCAAAACGACUUUGCUUCACAUGCUUAAAGACGAGAGAUUAGUUCAGCAUCAACCAACACAACAUCCGACUUCGGAAGAAUUGAGUAUUGGGAGGAUAAAGUUUAAAGCUUUUGAUUUGGGUGGUCACCAAAUUGCUCGUAGGGUCUGGAGGGACUAUUACGCUCAGGUGGAUGCUGUAGUCUACCUGGUUGAUGCAUUUGACAAGGAGAGAUUUCCAGAAUCAAAGAAGGAGCUGGAUGCUCUUCUUGCUGAUGAAUCACUAGGAAAUGUACCUUUCCUUAUCUUAGGAAACAAGAUAGACAUUACUUAUGCUGCAUCAGAGGAUGAGUUACGUUAUCAUUUGGGCUUGACUAACUUCACUACAGGCAAGGGCAAAAUUAAUCUUUCUGACUCCAAUGUCCGUCCUUUGGAGGUGUUCAUGUGUAGUAUUGUUCGCAAGAUGGGAUAUGGUGAAGGCUUUCAGUGGCUUUCUCAGUAUAUUAAAUAGGGAUACGGUUCAAGUUUGCUCGUAGUACUCGAUUAUAUCAUUGUGCUGAUACAGUUUCGACAUUAGCAUUGUAGUUUUAUACUUUGCUCAUGUAAAUUGGAUAAUAAUAGUUAAAUGGCAGUUUUGUUAGUUCUGAAACACGCAUGUAGGAGGUGAAAAUUUGUGUUGCAGUCUAUAUCGGUUAUUAAAAUUGCAGAAUUAAUAAUAGUGGCUUGAAUGUUACAAAUGCUUUGUGUUUGUUGGGCA